AUGGCUCAAAAUGUUUCCAGAGCAACAAUCAGUGAAUUUGUUAUUACAGGAUUUGACAAUUUUGAAAAAAAAAUCAUUCUCGGAAUCAUUAUACUCUCUGUAUACAUUUUUGUAAUGCUUGGGAACCUGACAAACAUAUUCCUUAUUGUCAUGGAUAAACGUUUACACCAGCCAAUGUACCUUUUUAUUUGCAAUUUAGCAAUUGUAGACAUGCUCUACUGUACAUGCUCGUGUCCAACAAUGAUAGGAAACCUUUUAGUUGGCUUUAAAACCAUAUCUUUUGUACCAUGCAUUAUUCAGAUGUUUGUGUUCGGUUUAGGGUUUGUUAUGGAGGUGUUUACUAUUUCUGUUAUGGCUUUUGACCGAUUACUUGCCAUAAUCAAGCCACUGCACUACCAUUCAAUUUUGACAAAUGUUCGUUCCGUUAUUCUCACCUUCCUGCUAUGGAUUUUGGGUUCUGCUACAAUUGCUGUUGUUCCUGGAACAGCUCUUUCACUACCAUUCUGUUACACAACACUGAAAUUCAUAUUUUGUGACUAUGGAUCUGUUGUCAGAGCCACUUGUGUAGAUCCUAACCCAUAUUUUGAUUUAAUGGCAGUUUUAACUUUCUUUUUGCUGUUUGGAACAUUCAGUUUUAUAUGUGGGUCUUACAUAAUGAUAGUUAUAGUUGUUGUCAAUAUGACCUCCAAGGGUAGCAAGAAACAAGUGUUUAACACAUGCUUUAGUCAUUUGAUUGUUGUUGUGUGCUAUUAUGGCCCUACUUUUAUUAUAACCAUUUUAACUCGGACAGGUAUAUUUCUUACAAUAGAGGAGCGGCAGGGAUUCAGAAUUGCCACAAUUCUUGGUCCAUCCUUAAUAAAUCCUUUCAUUUAUUCUUUUAGAACCAAAGAAAUCAGAAACACAAUGUUGAGAAUUGUGUCUAGAGUGUGUAGACCUCCCAAAAAAAUAUUGUGGGGGUAA